ACAAUGCCAGGCCCGACACCGUCAGCGCACCAGGUGCUCGUGUACUCGGGCCCCGGGGUGUCGCCGCUCUCCCUCUCGCACACCCUCCUCACCCUCCGCCUCCUCCUGCUCCCCCACUACACCGUCCAGCCCGCAGCCCCAGACCUCCUCGCACUCCAGCCAUGGGAACCGUCCUGCGCACUCCUCGUCGUCCCAGGCGGCAGGGACCUUCCCUACGUCGACGAGCUCACGCACAAGCGGCCCGUCACAAACAGGAUCAGAGAGUAUGUCCAGCAAGGCGGCCGCUUCUUGGGCAUAUGUGCCGGAGCGUACUUUGCCAGUGCCGAGGUGAGGUUUGAUGUCGGAGGCGGUAUGGAAGUUGCCGGGAAGAGAGAUUUGGCCUUUUUCCCUGGGCCUAGCAGAGGACCCGUAUUCCAAGGUUUUCAAUAUGCGUCUGAAUCCGGAUCCAGGGCUGUCGUCCUCAACCUCGAAUCUUCCAAGCUCGAGACACUCAACCACAUCUAUUAUAACGGCGGCGGCCAAUUCAUUCUCCCUUCGCCUCCCCCUCCAAACGUCCAAAUCCUCGCUCGCUUCCAAGAAACUUGUUCCGACCCAUCAGGACAACAACAACAACAACUCGUCGCCGCCGUCUUCACCCAAAACGGCAAGGGCUGCACCGUUCUCUCCUCUGUCCAUCCAGAAUACCCUCUCUCCGACCCUCCGGCGAGUAACGCCAUUGCUAAACUGGACGUGCGGCCGUCCCAGGUGGAGGUUGAGAUGAGCGACAAGGCUCGUUUGUCGUGGGUCGAGGAGUUACUCAUCAAGCUCGGUUUGACCCCUCCCGAACGUCUUACCGCCGCAAACCGGGCCAAAUCCUCAGCCGACUCGGAGCACGAGGAUGAAGACCCGGCUCUCCUCCUUCACCCCACUCACCCUUCACCCAUCUUUUUCUUGUCUCAUCCCAACCUGCCGCAGUUACCCGAGGCAGCUGUGAACAAGCCAGAACUCAAGGGCAAGAUGGAGCAAAGAGAUGGGUGGGAUGUUUUGAGGGAUGCGAACGAUGAGAUUCGUUUUGGUACGACGGAAGCUACCUCGCCUGAACGAGCAGCCUCUGAAGAUGGUAUCACGCAAUGGCUUGCGCAAGCCCGUCGUACCCAGCCCGUGUUCCCACCUUCCGUCGAAGAUCUUUCGAUACAAUCCGACUCUACCCCACAACCUCCCUCUCCACCCGAUUUGCACGCUCUCACCAAAACCAUCCUCCUUCCUUCGCCUUCAGUCGAAUACUCUUCCAGAUGGACUCCAUUGUUCAACUUUUCUACUUACUGGGAUGAGCUUGAUCAGGCAAGGAAGAGGAGCGGUAGACGUUCAGGCGUGAUGCGGCAGGGAUCGGAUGGACAGGGCGAGCGGUGUUCAUUGGGUGACUGUGUCUUGUACGGUGAAACAGUGACGAGUACUCAGACGAUGCUUGACGGCAACCCCCUUCUCCUCACCAAUCUCCCUACACCGCUCGUCUUCCUCGCGUCUUUCCAACUUUCCGGCCGAGGUCGAGGCUCCAACAUGUGGUUAUCCCCACCUGGCUGUCUCCAAUUCUCACUGCUUCUCGACCUCCCCGCUUCCCUUUCAUCCAAAAUGGUUUUCAUCCAAUACAUCAUGGCUCUUGCCGUCUGUGAAGCUAUCGAUGAGGAUGGGAGAUUAGGUGUUAGAAUCAAGUGGCCGAACGAUAUCUAUGCCGAGGUUGAAGGCGUGGGUGGGACGGAGAUCGGUAGUGGAAAAAAGGGCAAGGCCAAGUUGGGUGGGAUCUUGGUGAACACUAGUUUUGUCGGCGGGAAAUGGAGAAUUGUUGUUGGAUGUGGUAUCAACAUUCUCAACGCUCUUCCCACAUCAUCCGUCUCCCAACUACAUGCUUUACUCGCCGCCAAACUUUCUUCCACAUCAUCUAAUAAACCUCUUCCGCCUGCACCUACCAUGGAGGGUACCUUUGCUCGCAUCAUGAGUUCCUUUGAUGCGAAAUGGGAGCAAUUCAUCGAGGAGAAGGGUUUCAAAGGGUUCAUGGAUGAAUACCACGGAAGGUGGUUGCAUUCGUCGGUUUUUUUCUUUUUCUUUAUCCCCAUUGAUUGUUCCGUUUCCAUGAUCUCAUACUGACUUUUUUGUUAAUUAUUAGAGGGCAAGACGUUCUCCUCACUACCACCGAACCCCACACUCGCGUCCGUAUCCUCAGUAUCACCCCAGACCACGGUCUUCUCCGCUGUAUCCCCAUCUCCGACAAACCUAAAGCCUCCACCGGUCUCACACCCCUGUACAACAGGGACAUUGACGCCGGCGAGGAUGAUCGUGGUUCGUGGUCUUCUUCUCCCUCUGUUCCUAGGUCUGGAGCUGCUCGAGCCCAAACGCAGAACCACUCACCGUUUGUCGACCUCCAGCCAGAUGGGAACAGUUUUGAUUUGAUGAGCGGGUUGAUCAAGCGGAAAGUAUAAGGGGUUCUGUGUAUUGUAGGUAUAAAAAGCUCGACAUUGACAUCCUGUCUUUAUGAAAGGUUGUACUCCUCUU